AUGGCUGAGAACAGUGAACAGAGUAUGACAUCAACCAUUAGACUACUGAAUGCUAAAUCAGAUGAAGGAAUGAAGGAUGUGGAAGAAGAGAUGAAAAACAAGGAGAAGGAAGACCCUGGGAAAGAAACAGCCAAGAAAGAAGAGAACAAGAAAGAAGAAAGAGAGUCAGAGAAAGAGAAGAAGCUGGAUAGUGAACUAGAAGAAGAACUAGAAAAGACAAAGAAGGAAUCAGGACAGGAAGAUCAAAAGAGCAAUCAUGAUGAAGAGAAGGCAGAUUCAAAACAGUCAGUUGAGGUUAAUGGGGAUAAUGAGGAUAAACAAAUAUUUGAGCAUAAAACAGACACAAACAAAGAGAUUCAUAGAAUUCUUUCUGAAUACGAUGACAUUUAUAUCAAGGAAUAUCUGAUAAAUGAAUUGAAUAUUGAUGAACACUACGAGAUUGAUAAUGAAACAGCCGAGUUAAUGAAGCAGUAUAUUGAAGACUACACCAAAGAGGAGCACUAUAUUGACACCAAAUUCACCAAUUCAAUCUUAAGUGCUUUAAGAUUCAUUGAUAUGAAAUCUGAUGAUCACAUCGUAGCAAACAAAGUCAUUGAAUGUGUGGCACUGCUUGAUACGAAAUAUGAGUAUACGGUACACUACAGAAGAAUACUAGGAUACUCUAAAAUAUACAAGAGCAUCAAGGAUGUAAUUGCAAGCAUGUUUGAUAGAAAUAAGUUCAUCAAAACAGCAUUCAGUUACAGGUACAUUGGUUACCUGAUAACACUAUUGGACAAUGAUCAAUUGGUCUACAAGAACCUGAAGCCGUUGCUCACAACAUUAAUCAACUAUGUUAAGAAUGAUGUUGUUGAGAAUAACAUUGAGGCAUGUGCAACACUAACAAGCUCAGUGGUGGAUGGAGCACCAACACUCUUCACAAACAAGCUGGCUUCGUGUCUGAUUUCAUACUACACCAAAAUACUGUUUAAUAGCAAGAACUACAUCAACUACAAGUUGGAUACAGUUGUAAAGACAACAGAAAUGCUAUUGGAACUUUAUGAAGUAGAAAAGUCAUUAGCACUUGGAUUACUAAGAGAAAGUAUAGCACUUCUCGUUGAAUUCAGGAACACGAGUAUUAAGGAAGAAAUAGAAAUGAUCAAUAAUAUCACAAGACUAAUGAGUGGCAUCUAUGCAAUCUACAAUGACGUCAAUGAUGAAAUAACAGAUUAUAAGAAGUAUCUGAAUCCCAAGUUUGCAACUGAAGCUGGCUCUACCACAGAAACAUUUCUGUGCUACAAAUACCGCUAUUUGGACAAAUUGCUAGGGAAAUUCAACUGCUACGAUCGAAUUGAAUUGAUCAAUGACCUGACCAAUUCAGAGGAUCCUGGUGCAAUCGUAGCCCAUUUCAAGAACUACAACGAAUACGUCGUAUGGGAUGAUCUGGUUGGUGUAAAGAAGACAAUGGGAAUGUUGCGGUAUCUCUUUGAUGAAUAUUUCAUAAGAAACAGAACCAAAAACCAUCAGGCACUGAUCACCUUGUUCUUUGGCUUCUUACACGAAGAACAAGCUGUUUAUUUCACGAAAUUCGCAUCAGAGAAAAACUGCCAUUUCAUCACCAUCAAAAUAUUCAUCAGAUAUUCAGGUAGCAACAAAUACGAACACAUGAAAAUGAGACAGAUGAUUUUAUCAAGUAUUAAUGAGAUUGAGACUGGUGAUGAAAUAACAGAAGUGUUAAAAUACACUAAGGAAAACAAGGAUGAGUACAAAAAGGAAGAAGAGAACAAUUCAGGUGAAAAAAGUGAGACUGAUGAAAGCAGUGGAAAUGAUCUGAACAAUCACUAUAAAAAUAUGCUGAUGCUGUUUGUGGUGAUAUGUAGCAAAAUGAAGCCAGUUCAAUACAAGACUGAUGAAUAUCAGAAUGUGCAAUCAGAACAAAUUGACCUGUACAAAUCAGUGAUCAGCAAAUACAUCACGUCUGAGAAUGAGCAUGCUGAUUACUACGUGGCUACUCUGAUCUAUUUAGACAAACAGAUCAAUAGAUCAUUUUACAGCUAUUUUGAUGUAGUUCAGGAACUGAUGGCAAUUCAAAUCAGAAAAAAGAAAGACGAAUUGGACAACUUCAAGAACAGGACAUUUCCACUGAUGUUCCAAAUGACUCACAAGGAAGUUGAUGAGAUCGGGAUGCUCUUCUGCAACUUCAAUGACUCCCGAUUUGUAGCAAAAUACAAAGAGAUUCUGGUGCUAUUUCAGGCCAAGGAGUCCAUUGACACCAGCACUGUAUCAGAGAAUAUCGAAUACGAGAUGGAGUCAUCUAGCACAAUUGAAUCAGGAAUAUCUGUUGAAACAGUCAUUGAUCACGAGAAGGAGUUUCUGGCUCGACAAAAGCAGUUCAUCACUGAUCGAUAUGAGUUGGCUGAACGUGAGAUGGAUUUAGAACAAGAGAAGUACGAUCUAGCAAAGAAGGAGCACGAAUUACUUGAAGAGGCAACUGAUAAAUACAGUAAGGAGCAAAGGAAGCUGAUCAAGAUGAAAUACAAGGAGGCCAAGAAGGCGUUGGAUGAGAUGAAUAAGAAGUAUGAGCGAAUUAAAACUGAGAAGAUUGAAUUAGAGAAGAAUGCGAAGAAGGAGAAGCCAGGAAUCAGUAGCAUAUUGGAAAACAACCUGAAGAAAGCACAAUCUGAGCAUGAGAAGGCAAAGGAGGAAUACAGAAAGUCAAAGAAGAGGUACAAAGAGGGAAAUGAGAAGUAUAAAGAAGCAUUGAGGGAUCUAAAGGAUAUGAAGGUGAAAGUAGAAACAAAAGAGACUGUAGAGAAAAAGGAGUAUGAAAAGACUGAAUAUGAGAAGGAUUCUGAGAAAGUGAAACUGGAGGAAUUCAGAGAGGGAAAGAAAGAGAACAAGACUGAUUUGGAUAAUAGCAAUUCAGAAGAGUACAAGAAUGAUUAUAGCCCACUGAUAGAUAAGCCAGAGUUAAAUGGUAAAUAA